CCCAAAAGAGAAAGUUUCAGAAAUUCGGCGAUUGAUCCAUCGCUGCUUCCCAAUUGUGGAGCACCGCCGCCUUGUAGCUCAAUGGACUCCGACGAAGCGAUUCGAACGACUGAAAUUGUAAAGGAUCAGAAAACUGAAUAUGUUAAGGGUAGCGAAGCAGAGCCGGAAGAGAACAUGCUUGGGAAGGAAUCCGAGCCAACAGCACAGACAAGUGCUCAGUCGGCAACCAAUGCGCCGUUGCAACAGAACCAAGAGCAGAUGGCUAUCGCGGGCAUUUUGGGUGAUAUUUUUCCAAACGGGAGCUGCAGCGGUGUUAGUUGUGCUGGAGAGCAGGCUGCGAUUUGUGAACCAGCUGCAAUUGCUGACUUAUCAAGUGGCUUCCCUGGCAGUGUCGGAAGCGAAGGGGCAUCAUCGCAAGCCAAGAAGCGCGCAAGGCCACCACGAACUUGUAACAUCUGUGGUCUACAAGUCACUGGACAACGGUCAUCACUUAUCUACCAUGCUAAUUCCAAUCCAUGGGAUAUUCAGCUCCCGGACUGA